CAGGUUGAACAAGCCAGUUUGUUUCCUGUAAUUUUAUCGCAAGUGUUUCGAUUUUCUUCGCCUAAAAAAAUCUUGACUCAAAUUUGCGUGUGAAUUGCAGUAGCUGCAGCUGGAGCUGAAUCUCAUAUAUAGUGUGUACGGUAAUUUUUUUGUGAACAGUGUUGUGCUCUCCAUUUUUCCCCCAUCAGAGGGGAGAUAAUUUGUUACUGCAUAAUCUCGUAAAGUUUUAUGCAAUUUAACCACGAAAGUGCAAAAUUGUAUGUGCGUGUGUGACACAUGGUAAUCCCCGUAUGAGUGUGUUUGGUGUUUGUGAAUAAUAAAUGGUGAGAUAAGAUUGGUGCAGGCGACAGUAGUGGGCCGUUUUAUAUAUGCAUCCUAAUUUGGCCACGUCGUGCAACUUCGUUCCUGCGACGACGGCGAAGUACACGGCACGGCACGAACUGGUCAUCGGAGCGGUGUGUUGUCAUUAAUUCUUACGGGUUUACCUACCUGCCGAUCCGGAUACCGGCAGCAGCACGGGCCAAAUCGUUAGCGGCCAGUACCGCGAGAAGCUGAGACAGCGUGGCGAUCUACUCUUCUGUCCCCGCGGUUGGAAUAUGGAUAGAAGUGUAGAUUCCAUCGGUAGUUGCUCGCUUGACGUAGAUGCUGAUUCGACCGAUUUUUCAGAUACCUCCGGAGAGCUAAAUUUCCUGACGCCAAUUUCCGGCAAGGACAUUACACGGGAAUUCACGGCCGGCAUCAAGGAGCGUUGUAUGUUACCGGUAAUUAACUGUCAGGCCGUCACGAGUGUUCUGGAUCCGGUAACUGGUCACAUCAGUACCGUGCUGACGACGACCACAGCCCCCAAUUCGCAACUGGCGCAGCAGCAACAGCCCCUGCUUGGUGGUGACAGUUCGCCAACCGCAGCCACGAACAAAAAACCGAGCUAUCUGAACCUAGCCUGCUGUGUCAAUGGGUACUCGAACCUGACGACGUACGAUUCGAAACUCCGCCAGGACAUUAACAAGUCGCGCGAAGUUUCCCCCAGCCGUCCUAUCAUUGCCACGCUGCAUUACAACCGUACCGACUCCGGAACGGGCGGACAUCUGCUGGCGGCUCCCACGCUGAGCUACGUUAGCAUGAACAACACCAUCAACAAUAACAACAAUUACAACAGCGGCAGUACAACAGGAAUCGGUGGUAAUCGAAUGCUCAAAAUGAACGGAGCGGGUGUGGUAAAUGGUGCCGGUGGUGGUGGUAGGAUGCGAGGAUUGAAUGGUUCAAUCAUUUCACCUCCGGGUGGUGCCGAUAUGACUGAUAAUGCGGCCGCAAUCGGUUUGUACAAUGGAAAUGGCAGUUUUGUGAGUAGUAUGCGGACGAAGGUUAUUUCCUCGCAGUCACAAAUCAGCAGUCACGCACGGGACGAUGCUCAAACGCAGCUGAUGACACCGAAGAAGAGUUUCAUUCAGCAACGUGUCGAGAAGCUGUACGGUGCGAGUGAUGUGGUGGUGCUCAACAAACAGAACUACAGCAGCAGCGAACGAAAGUACCUCAAUAAUAUCGCGAAUGAAAACAAUGGUGGAACGCCGGUGAAGAUGGCUCAUCAAUCGAUUGGGAACGGUACUGCCCGGAACGGUGUAGCAAACGGAGCCGGUGGUCUGCACGUGACGAAUGGAGCUGGUACCAAUGGUUCUGCGUUUGUUUCUGUGGACGAAAACAACAGACAAAUUAACGGCGUAGGACACGCCGGUGAGGAUGCGGAUGUUGAUUCGUUACCAGUAUUGCGACAUCUGCGUCCAGAGUUUCGCGCACAGUUGCAAAUUUUCUCACCGAAAAAAGUACCGAAAUCGUCCCCAAAUCGUACGGUAGCCGGUAAUGGUAAUACACACAUCUCCUUCAACAGCAAUGGCAGUGUGACGCAUGCGAAUGGAAACACUGCGGAAGAAAAUGCGAAUCAGCUGCUACACAAGGUAUCGAAACGGCAUCAGCAAACGAAUGGCAAUAGUUACAUCGAUCACUUCGAACAGCUUAGUCUAUCGCGGGACGAACAGAUACAAGAUCACCGCAAGAAUCCGUCCGGUGAGGGUACGCAUCGAUCGGUGAUGAAAACUGCUCAACUAGCUUCACAUACUACGCGCACCACCGCUACCAACGGAACGGGACCGUUGCCGAGCAAUGGACGGCAUACUGAGCAGGAGCAGCAGGAAGAUGAGCUGAAAGCAAGCAACCGUCACCAUAGUAACGCUAGCACGCACUCCGCAGAGCUAAAGCAUGCUGCUGACGCAACAGAGCAGCAUCACGAAACGUCACAGUGCUACCGUUCUGACAGCGUGUCGUCGUCGUCAGUAUCGUCAUCGACGGUGAUAGUAGAGUCGAAGCAGCAACGUUCGCUGGUAGUGGUAUCGUCGUCGGUUAACGCGGACGGUAACGGUGUUGGUCGUAUGUCGACUUCCGAUGGCAGUAGCGCCACCAUUGCCACCGUCACCACAACCGUACCUGACGAACAGAAUGCGACGACCGUCGCUACGAGUGUGAUCGAAAACGGUGAGCAGAACGGUACCGGACUAAGCAACCACAGCAAUAACAACGCUAGCGAAGGGUUUGCCAACGUACCGGUUGCAGUGUGUACGACGGUGGAAAACAGCGUUGUUGAUAAAUCGGGCAGUGGUGAAAUUGGAAAUUGUGAUAGUAACACCCAGCUGGUGACAGUGGACAGUAUGCGCACCGUGAAUGGCGGCAAAGGUACGACGGCAAUGGAUAGCGCCCCCGUCAUGAAGCUGACGGCGAUGGCCGCUGCGGAAGAGAAUACCCAAACAAAUGGCAAACCACCAGCAUCAAUGUCCUUAAUGUCCAACGAAGCAACCACGAAUGGUACUAACGGCAGUGGUAGCAACAAUAACACCGUUCUAGACGGCAACCAUUUCCUGUGCAUCUUGAAAACCGAGCAGAAGCGGCUUCGAACAAUGGCUGACGUUUUGGAGGGUGAAAUUAAUCAGUUAAAGGCCGACGGUAUUGUGCUGGGAGAGGACAUAAACGGAUACAUCCUCGCAGCCGUUGGCAAGGCGCGUCUGUUAUGCUCGCAGAAAAUGAAACAAUUUGAAGACUUGUGUUACACAAAUCUAAACCAAUCACCGGACGAAAAGUUCCAAACGACGGGUGAAGAUUUACGAGGAUUUUGGGACAUGGUGAUGCUACAAGUAAACAACGUUGAUGCCAGCUUUGAGGAAAUUGAUUCGUUCCGGAAAAAUGGUUGGCGGAAACCACUUCCAAAGAGUCCACCGCCGGCGCAAGCUCGCAAUGGCACAGCAGCACCCCGUACCAAGCUGGUGAAGCGUCCGUACAAAACGCAGACAACCGCAUCGAACGGUGGUUCCACCGUGACAGACGGCAGUAACGGUGUCGAAGCGAAAAAGGCGUCCGCCGCGCUGGCGGCUGCCAAACGCGAAGCACAGCGGAAACAGCUAAUGGAAAUGAAGCGUAAGCAGAAGCUGGCCCACAGCCAACAGCAGACGGCUGUAGAAAUAUUUGCUCCAUCGGGUGAGGAGCAGCCAGCACAGAACGGUGAUGACAACACGAGCUGCACCACUUUGGUAGUGACCGCAUCUUCGUCGCUGGUCGAUACGAGUUGAUCUCGUGCAUCUGUACGAUUGCUUUAAGCUUGUUCCAUCACACUCACACUAAUACCUGACAAAAGUGCUGCUCAUUCGAAGAGGAAUAGAAUCAUCUCUAUGGAACGGGAAACAUAAGAUGGAACAAGAUCACUACGUGAGCAAAAUUUAGCCGGUGAACGAGGCCAAGUUUGUUUUGUAAAUUUUUCUACACAGGACUGAAUUUAUGUUUGACAUUUUCGUUAAGUUUCACGCCGAACAAUAUGCUUCGGAUGUUCGUCACUAAAACGCCCGACCAUGAAUUAAUCACCUCAUAACCCAUCAUCGUACGGGCUGGUUCUCGGAUCGCUAGUAGGAAAAUUCUGCCCUUGACGCAUGUGAACACUAGCAACUUUGUGGAGCCUCCAUCAUUUUCCCCAAAAGGGACGGGUUCUUCAUUGUCGUUGAUCCAAGCAGUAAAAUAGUAACUCUGAACCAAGACAGCAGUAUAGCGAAAGAGAGAGAACGUACACAAAUUGUGAUUGUUUUAUACAGUUUUUUUAUGGUCGAAUAUUAUAACUAUAUUAUUACUCUUGUUAUUGUAAGUACUAUUUUUACAUGUAAAAUGACACGGAUUGAUUUUAUAAAAUAUUCAAAUGAAUUCUCCAAUUCUCAGACAAUGUGCUCACAGGAUGGAAAAUAGUUUAGAGCGUGAGUGCGAAAUGGAGCACGGAUAAGGCAGAUAGACAACAUCAAAAUGCCGAUAAUGAAUGGGUUACAGUUCAAGUUCAUGAGCGGAAUACAAACUAACGCACGCAAGGUGUAAGGGACAAAGAUUUUUUUUGUGGUUACAAACGAUAGCAAUUAAAGAAAGGGAAGGAGCUAACUAAAUAGUAAAAGGUAACAACAAACACACUCUCAAAGACAAGCUCAUGUAGCACAUAUAAAGCUGCUGUAGAAGAUCAGUAAGUGUACGUUAUCAUCCGCUCCCUAUCUUCUCUUAUCGUACGCACGUGUUAACUAUUAUUUUUAAAGCGAACUCGCUUCCGUCGUUCCGAACUAUUAACACAUAAAAAUCCAUUUAUACUACAAUGUACAUGAAUGAAAUAAGGAAAAACAACAAACAAAUCGAAACGUAAGAUGUGGAGAAUCUCUAUUUAUUAACAAACGAUAAUCGAAAAUCAUUUAUCUAUUGCUAAUAACUAUCAUUAUAACUACUCUAUUGCUACUAUUUAGGCGUGCCUGUUGCUUGCUUCUUGUUAGAAUGGAAAUGGGAUCCUGUCCAUUUCCACCUUGAGUUGCUAUUUUGCAUUGCGGUCGAAUGCUACAUCGGAUAGAAGAAUUAGACGAAGGUGGUGUUGUGACACAUGCCUUUUUUCAGAAUGGCUGUUUAGUUGCAUAGAGUGUGUAGGUUUGGUCAUCUGCUGAAUAGAUACACAUUAUUCAUACGAGCUUAAUAUGCCUUUUCGUUUGCGAGAUCCAGCUGCCAAUCAUUUUACAGUAGUGGAAUAGCCUCGUUCUAUGAGAUUGUUGCUUAAUAUUGCUUACCUCCAGAUAUAGUGCUUACACUGCGAAUGCUAACGUUUAUAAGUUUUCGAUUUCUUCUCGUUUGCUUUCUCGCUGAUCUAUUUUAAAAUGGAAAGCAUUAAUACAUUUUGAUAUGCGAAUCGUGAUAGCAGAUAGAGAGAAAAAAAAUGGAAAACGGAGACACAUUAUUUUCGAAGACAGGGGGGACUGCUUAAGACAGACGAAACAGAAACCAAAAUCGAAUACAUACACCCAAACACACACGAACAGCGUUAGCGAAAAUUUAUCCACUGAGCGAGUGCCUUAUCGAUAUCGUUCUUGAAACAGAAAAUUAAAAAAGCAUUGUUGCGCGUAGCAUUCAUGAUGAGUACAAAAAAUAAUGUAUGUUUUUACGUUCGUUUCUCAUCCGUAACAUUUUGCAUUGAUGGUAUGCGAUGCAAUUGAAUAAUUGAUUUUUCCUCUUUACUUUUCUAUCGUGAUCAGGUUUUUGAUCAAUUAUAUGUUCUUUUAUUUCACGCAUUACCAUUCAAUACCCAUUCUAUCGCUCCGCGGGCGAUAAAUAGAGAAAAAAUAUGCAUGCAUAGAGCAAAUUUACACGCAUUACAAGCAUACGAAUCUAUUUUGAAGUGGCUCAAACAGCGCUUAUCUAGCGGAAGGAUGGAAAAUAAAGCAACACAAAAGUCAUUACAAUUAUACAAGUACAGUGCACUCUAUAUGUAUCAUCCCGGUCUGGUGUUCCGAUACUACGGGGUGGAAAUUAAUGUUGUAAAUCUACCACAUAAAAGACCAAGAGCGUGUGUGAUGUUGUGAAGCAGAUGACGACAACGAGAAACAGAACAAUUAAGGUUCGGUACGUAAGCGAACCAAAACAACAACAAAAACCAGAAGCGAUUGUUAGCGCGCUUCCUUGCGUUUAUUUUUCGAUUUGAGCAGUUUUUUGCACACAUUUUACAGCAAUUUGCGAAUAACGGAGUGGUAGUCAAAUGUAAGACAAACUUCUUAUGUAUGUAAGCAAAAAAACCAGAACAUAAACACGAUAAAAACAUUCAAUGGUAGGAUAAAAUGAAUUAAACAAACACUAAGAACACGAUAAUGAAUGGAGUGUUAAUCAGAGUUGGAAUGGAAGUCGAAAAGGGGAAAGAACAGAACAGAAAACAACAAUACCACCAAUAUUAAACACAUAUUAAAUGAAUAAAUACACAAACAGACAAGCGAGCGCCAACACUUUUCCAAACACACAUUUUUAAUGUAACAAAACACAACGCUCCACUGGGUGGAAGAUCAUGCGUAGGGUUAGGUAAUUGCAGAAUUCAAAAGCUCGGUGCAGCUUUUCAAUAGCUGGUGCUUUUAAUAUGCAGAUGGUGCUGUUGCGUCGCUCACACUUGCGGACACCACUGGAACGAAAGGAAGUGGGCGCGAAAUCUAUUUAACGUGAAGUAUAUAAACGGUUCCUUCUUGCUUAUGUGUAGAUGUCAGCAAAACAUAUAUGGCGUCCGAAAGCGCGUCAAAAGCAAAACAAAA